GGGGGCAGGUGCGUCGGCGGCAAGCAGCUUGCGGGAGGGAGCCUCGGCCACGGUGGCACCCUCCGACCAGCCGUAGGUGCCGUCAUCAGAGGGGGCAGGUGCGUCGGCGGCAAGCAGCUUGCGGGAGGGAGCCUCGGCCACGGUGGCACCCUCCGACCAGCCGUAGGUGCCGUCAUCAGAGGGGGCAGGUGCGUCGGCGGCAAGCAGCUUGCGGGAGGGAGCCUCGGCCACGGUGGCACCCUCCGACCAGCCGUAGGUGCCGUCAUCAGAGGAGGCAGGUGCGUCGGCGGCAAGCAGCUUGCGGGAGGGAGCCUCAGCAACGGUGGCACCCUCCGACCAGCCGUAGGUGCCGUCAUCAGAGGGAGCAGGUGCGUCGGCAGCCAGUAG